AUGCCUGUCACGGAGAGUUCUGCGGAAGCGGAGGGUUUAGACGAGGACCGUUCAGAGGGGCGGAAUCCAGCGGGAGUUGUGGGGAGUGCUGAAAUGGGAGGUCCGCCGUCGGGUGUGGGAGGAACGGCAGAGCGUGCGCACGCGCUCCCGCAUGUCGCGGCUGAAAUCACGGAUCUACGUGGCGGAGUCUCGUUGGAUGCGGACGAGGGCGACGGCGCCACGUGUACGAAACUGGACACAGAGGAAGAGAUGAAAUCUCUGUCCCGCGUGAUCGCUGCUUAUAUGAACUACCCGUUUGCUGCUGAUUGGACGGUGCAGCGAUGGGAGCGAGCCUAUGCCAGGCUGCCGCCACGUCAGCAGGCUCUGCUGUCGCACCUGCCAGCCAAAUAUGCCUCUAUUCGCAU